UAAAGAAAAUGAAUGCUAUGCUUGACAAACUGCCUCAAGAUGACAAGAAAAUAUUCUCUAACCAAGAAAUGUUAAUUUUCAUGAGUGGUAUGGGAGAAAGAAUGUUAAAUGCUGGAGAUUAUGAUUUACAAGUAGGUAUUGUAGAAGCUUUAUGUAGAAUGACCACAGAAAAUGAAAGACAAGAACUGGCAUGUCAGUGGUUUUCAAUGGAUUUUAUUGCUAAUGCAUUUAAAGGAAUUAAAGACUCUCAAUUUGAAACAGAUUGCAGGACUUUUCUCAACUUUGUAAAUGGCAUGCUUGGAGACAAGAGAAGGGUCUUUACGUUUCCUUGUUUAUCAGUAUUUCUUGAUGAAUAUGAGCUGCAAACACCAGCAGAUGAAAAACUUGAGGAAUUUUGGAUAGAUUUUAAUCUUGGGAGCCAGAGUUUAUCAUUCUACAUUGCUGGAGAUAAUGAUGAUCACCAGUGGGAAACAGUCACUGUGCCUGAGGAUAAAGUACUGAUAUACAGCAUUGGAGUGAUAGAAUCAAAGAAGCUACUGACAAUAAUUCUGAAAAAUACAGUAAAAAUCAGUAACAGAGAAGGGAGAGAAUUGCAUUUAUAUUUUCAUGCAUCAUUAGAAAUCACUAAGGUGACACAAAAAAUCUUGGGCGCAGAUAAAUAUAAGGAGUUGAACAAAAAGCAGAGUAUUUCAGUUGCCAAGACAUCUGUGCAUGUACUUUAUGAUGCAAGUGGAUCACAGAUUCUAGUGCCAGAAACUCAAACCUCACCAGUUGAAGAAGAACUCGUAAGUUUGAAAGAAAAACUUAACUCCCAAAAGGAAUUUGCUAAACCUCCAAAAUAUAUCAAAAACAGAGCUCAAAGGGACAAAAAAAAUAGUCAGCUUGAGCGACACCACGAAGAGGAAGAAUUAAACCACCACUGCAAAUGA